AUGGUUGCCUCAGAGUUAGGCACUUACGCCAAUCCUAUAGUGAUCGAAGAUCAUCUUGCUCCGUUGGGCUCGGCUUCCAAUCCCAUCGUGAUCCAGGUUGACGAGGGUUGGUGCCGCGAUGAGCCAGACCAACUUGUUUCCGAUGCCGACACUGAGAUCAUGGCUACACCGGAAUUUUGGGGUACGUUGACCGGUGCAAACUUCGCUGUCCCCGUGAAGGUUGAUGCUGCCAUCGAUUCCUCCGUCCGUGUGCUAAUCGGAUCGCUAUCGGACCACGAAGCCUUGAAAGUCACGGUGAAUUCAUCUGAUGCGUCGCGAGAAAGCCCCCGUUUUAAGGCUGUAAGGAAGGAGAAUCUGGCGAGUGUCCACGGAGUAAGCGAGCAAAGCACGGAGCAAGGCAAAGCUUCCAAGACCGAGGAACCCGAGGAGGCUCGCAGCGUGCCUGAUACUUCUCCGAUGACCCGUAACGUUGUUCCACAAGAAACAUCGAUUUAA